CUUGAUUUUAGUUCGCCUUCAUAGUUAUGUAGCGUCUCUGGGUUGGAACAGCAGGAAGAGGAAAGAUCGACUUCACGCCCAGAAAUGCUGUGGAGACGAUCUUUGCUAGCAGCGCUGCUAGCCGUGGCUGUUGGAGUUUACCUGCUGCCGUCUCCUAUAGAUCCCAAACCGCACGUUUUGAAAGGGCCUCCCCCGGCGCUCCAAGGUCCACUGGCUGUUAACACUCGUCUGCAGAGGGGCCGCAGGCUGUUCACUGGAAAACUACACGGACCAGAAUCCUUUGCUCCUGAUGCUCAUGGUAACGUUUAUACGGGGACGGUGGACGGGAAGCUCUGGAGAAUCGGUCCAGAUGACAGCCUGGAUCUCAUCACACACAUGGGACAGGAUCUACCAGAAUGCGGCAGCAGCAGUGACUACGAGCCGAUCUGCGGUCGUCCUCACGGCGUUCGCCUGGACCGCCACGGUCAGCUGCUCGUUGCCGACUCUUACUUCGGUCUUUACAGCGUCGACCCUGAAACUGGAGGAAAGACUCUGCUGGUGGCCAACGCCGACGGUGCUGAUGGCGUUCCCUUCGCCUUCCUGAAUGGCCUGGAGGUCUCCUCCCAAACGGGGAUCGUUUAUUUCACCGACUCAUCCAGCCGCUGGGGCCGCAGACACGUCAGGCUGGAGGUGAUCGAGUUGAACAACCUCGGCCGCCUUCUCUCCUUCGAUCCUGAGAAUAAAAAGGUCACGGUGCUGCUGGACUCGCUCUACAUGCCCAACGGAAUCGCGCUGUCGCCUGACGAGAACUUCCUGCUGCUGGCUGAGACCAGCAUCGGACGCAUACUGAAGUUUUGGCUGAAAGGUUCAAAGGCAGGAACCAUGGAGAUCAUUCUGGACAACAUGAUCGGUUACCCUGACAACAUCCGCCUUAGCGACCACGGAACUUUCCUGGUUGGCAUGACGACGACGCGAUUCCAGAAGCUUCUGCCGCCCUUCCUGGACAUGAUCGCCCCGUACCCGGCGGUGAAACGCUUCCUGGCCAAGCUGGUUCCUCUGAGCUGCUACAACCUCCUGCUGCCGCGCUACGCUCUGGUCCUGGAGCUGGGAUUGGAUGGACAGAUCGUAGGGUCGCUCCACGACCCUGAGGGACGCCUAACGUGGGCCAUCAGCGACGUCUUCCAGCACCGAGGCAGAACCUACCUGGGCAGCACUGACUUACCGUUCCUGCCUGUCCUGGACGUCUGGGCCAGCUGAGGAAUGAGCAACAAACCGUUUACAUUUGAAGUGUUUUUAUUAGAGGUUUAGCACCUGGGGAGACGGAUGGAUAAUGUUUUCAUUUGGUAGAGAAGGGAUAAAAUGCCCCUUUUAAUUACUGCUAAAUCAUGUUUUAGGAAAACCUCUAGAGUUCAACGAAAAUCCCCAAAUUGACUGUGACUGAAAGUUAGACCUAAACUUUUAAUCUGAACCACUGAAAUGUUAAAUUUAGUGAAAUGUCUUGGUUUCCUAGCAUUGGUUGAAUUUUUAAGUAUCAUAGUUGCAAAAAAGAAAAAACAGAGAGGAGGAUUUAAGAUGGCCGCUGCAGAACCAGAUUGUUCUUUUUCCUUUGUUUUCUUUUUCUAAUGUUUUUAUUAAUAAUUAUUUUUUUCUCACUUUCAACCUUCCUAAUUAAUUAUUUAUCCCUAAAAGUCAGGAAAUUAUCCUAUCAGUGCUUUAGACAUUUAACCAAAUAUUAAUGGAGAUAAAUCUAUAAAUUUAGCCUGCAGCAUUUAAUUAAAUCACUAAAAGUUUGGCUAAAUAGAUUAAACAGUUUUUGCAACUGCAAAUAAUGUAAACUCAACUUCAUAAUAUUUAGAACAGAAGAAAGAAAUUAAAGCAAAAAAGUAACAGUGAUUCUUUAUUUGGACAAAAACACGACAGAAAAAUACAUGAAAAUCUGACGUAUUUAAAAGUGCAUCUUUACUUUUAAACCAAGUUUUCAGCUUGAAGGAAAAAAACAUUUUCCAUGUUAACUGUAGUAAAGAUUAUCAUCAGUAGCAGCUGGAAAAUCUGGAUAUGAUUCGCAGGUUUGACCUUUUUCCCUGUUUAAUAAGUAAUAAGACUGAAAGCAGUUUAUGCUUCACAAAACAGGAUAUUUUAAAAAUGGUAAUAAAUAAAAAAAAAUCCCUUCAAUCAUUUCCCUGAUCUACCUUUGAGUUUAAAUCAAAAAUAGGACAUUUGGCACUUCUUUUAAUUGUCUCAUCCGUUUUACAUAUUUAAAAAUGUGAAAUUCUUGAUUAAACACUGAAAUGUAGCCAAACUAUUUAACUUCCUGUGGGACAAACACAUGUGCAAAUCUGUGCUGACAGGGAGACGUUUUCAAUCUUCUACAAACAUCAACUGAGAAACAUGAAGUUUAAAGGUUGAUUUGGCUUCAGACACUAAACCACCUGAUCGCGUCUCCAUCCAGAGAAGAUGGCGGCUCCAAAGCAAACCAGCGGCAGCAGGAAACGGCCUUCCUCCUCCUACUGCCUGAGUUUGCUCAGCCUCCAGCUGUGGCUCGAAAACAGCUGCUGAGGGUUGAACUUAAACCUGACAGGAGAAAAAUAACAUUUUAAUGUUGAAUCUGCAGGGUUUAUUUUUGAUACUCACUAAUGUUGGCUGUAAAAACCAGAAUAUUACAUCUUAUUGGCGAACAAGCAGUGUGGAAGUUGACCUAUAUUUUUUUACAUGCUAUAAUGUUGUCAAAAAUACUUAAAAAGCACCAAGUUCUUUAAUAUUUCUUAUGUUGGUUCCAGAUUGUGGUGUAAUUUGUGUUAAUGUAUUGCUACAUUCUGAAGCAGCCAUGUUGAUAUUUUCUUACUGAUAAAUAAAUAAUGUGGAAGCUGA